CAGAGGACCUGACCUUUGCCAGGCAGGUAGGAGAGACCAGACUUGGCAGAGGGCAGUAGGCAGUAGGCCCUGCAUUGGGCCUGGCAGACCUGGCUGCUGUCUCCAGGUUCUGCACAGGGUGCCUGCUAGCCCACUCUCCUCCUCUGGGCCAAUCACAGAAUAAACACAGAAGAAACCAAGAGGUGGAUUAACACAGCUGGACAGGGAGGCAGAGGACAUAUAGUGCCACUCCAGGGACAGGAAGGAAGACAGUCAAUACCUUUUUCCUGACACCAGGCAGAUCUCAUUGCUAAAGCUCUAGGAGACUGACAUAAUAACCUCUGACCCUUUCAGAGGGACAGCAGGGACAAGGUGAGGGAGGGAAAGGCUGGGAGACAAGUCCUGGCACCAUCAAGCCAUAUCCCACAAGUACCAAUGAAAUAAUACAGAACAGACCAGAACCAACCCAGAAAGAGGCACAUGGUGAGAAUUCAGCACAACCUGGGGGAAAGCUAGGAUUUCUAGUCGUGUGGUGCUUCAUGGACUCUACCCUGCAGAUGCCAGCCAGAUCCCCAUAUACCAGAGGCCAUCUCGCCUGAGUGUUUUGAGGAAGAGCAAAGAUGAUAUGUGACUCCGAGGCUGAGGGUCCGGUUGCGUCAGGGUGGUAGGAGAUGGACCCCCUUUCUGCACAUCCUGUUUUCUGCUAAUGGUUUCCAGGUAUAUCUUGUCCAGCUCAUAGCCCACAACCCAGGAAGGAGGCCCAUGUCUUCCGCUGCCCGCUGAGCCUCAGGAGUUAAUAAUUAAGGGUUUAAGAAGAUAGAAGCCUGUCUGAGAGGCCCCGCCCGGCCGCUCUGCUCCUGCUCCUGAGAGAUAGCAAAGCCCACCCCAACAAGACGAGGGCCUUCCUGUGGGCCUCUCUGCUCUCUCAGUCCCCUGGAAAAACCUGGGCCCCAGCAAAGGUAACAGGGAGUCCCCAGGAGGCCUGGUAGAAGCCUCCACUUCCUGGGAGGAGACCCAGGGUGAGGAACACCCAGCAGCUGCUCCACUGGAUGUGUCACGCCUGCGCAGCUCCUCCAUGGAGAUCCGAGAGAAGGGCUCUGAGUUCCUAAAGGAGGAGCUAUACAAAGCCCAGAAGGAGCUGAAGCUAAAGGAUGAAGAGUGUGAACGGCUUUGCAAAGUGCGUGCACAGCUGGAGCAGGAGCUGGAGGAGCUGACAGCCAGCCUGUUUGAGGAAGCUCACAAGAUGGUUCGGGAAGCCAACGUGAAGCAGGCAACAUCAGAAAAGCAGUUGAAGGAGGCUUGGGGCAAGAUCGACAUGCUACAGGCAGAGGUGACAGCCUUGAAGACACUGGUCAUCACAUCCACACCGGCCUCUCCCAACCGUGAGCUCCACCCACAGCUGCUGAGCCCCACCAAGGCUGGACCCCGAAAGGGCCACUCACGCCAAAAGAGCACCAGCUCCCUCUGCCCUGUUGUGUGCCCCACUGCAGGGCGUAUCCCCACCCCAGACAAAGACGGCAAGGAGGUGGACACGACGCUGUUUGCAGAGUUCCAGGCUUGGAGGGCUUCACCUACCCUGGAUAAGAACUGCCCUUUCCUAGAAAGGGUAUACCGGGAGGACGUGGGCCCUUGCCUCGACUUCACAGUGCAGGAGCUCUCAGCUCUGGUUCGGACUGCUGUGGAGGACAACACACUCACCAUUGAGCCUGUGGCUUCACAGACUCUGCCCACUGUGAAGGUGCCCACUGUUGAGUGUAACAACACCAACACAUGUGCCCUGAGUGGACUGGCACGUACCUGCCACCAUCGAAUCCGCCUGGGGGACUCUGACAGCCACUAUUACAUCUCGCCAUCCUCCCGGGCCAGGAUCACUGCAGUAUGCAACUUCUUCACCUACAUUCGCUACAUCCAGCAAGGCCUGGUUCGGCAGGAUGUUGAGCCGAUGUUCUGGGAGAUCAUGAGGCUGCGGAAGGGGAUGUCACUAGCCAAGCUUGGCUUCUUCCCCCAAGAGGCCUAGGGCAUGGAUGGCCCCAGGCCUGAAGUAAGCUCUGAGCUAGAGCUAGAGCAAGUAGCUGCCUUGGGACAGAGACAGACAAGAAAUCCUGGAGCCAGCUCUGAGCCAGAAGCUGAAAGGACAGAUAAACAGCCAGGCUGUAGAGACAGUUCUGAGCCAGUACCACCCAUCCCUCCUGGGACAGACAAAAGGACAGCCUGGCUUGAACUUCAUGAGACGACCCUCUUGCCCACUGAGCUCUGUAGUCAACAAGAGAAUCUCAAGAAAGCAGCAAAGACCAAGGUGCUCGGAGCAAGGAGAUCAGCCCUAGGGAGAGGAACCUUGAGUAGCCAGUACCCCCACCACAAUCCCUUGCUGCUUACCAAUGCUCUCUUGCAACCUGCCGCGUCUUCAGAAAGGGACUGUUUUAGGGUAGCUGGAUUUCCAGGGUAUACUCUACCACAGACUCUAAGCCCUGGGACACGAGCACCCCCUUGUGGCCAUCUCUCACUCUGUCCCCAAGUGGCCUCUUUAGACUGCCUCAGUGGUAGGGCAAAAGUCUCCAAUCUGAACAAGGUGGAGGAGGGAUAACUGCCCUGAAGUGCUUUGAAGGUGAGUCCAAGAUCCCUCCUCCAUUCUUCUGCAUAGAGGCCUCUCUCUCCCCCUUCUCUCCACUUCAACACCAUCUCCAGGAGGCCCUGUUCCUAAAAUUGCCAAGAAGUCUGGGCCCUUUCUUUCCAAAGUGUACCACCAGGGGAACGUCAGGACGUAACCCUGGGCAGCCAUCCAGGCUGCAGGGGACCAGUGUGUGGGAUAGAAUGGAAAGGCUGGGCCAAGCAGGACAUGGACCCUGCCUUAUCCACCAUAGCCCACUGGGAACUAGGCUCGGGGGAUCCAACCUGGACAUAUCCCUCACCACGCCCCUAUUUCCUUCAAAUGGAAUGUAAUGCGAUCUGUAUUUAAUAAAGGAAGGCUUUGUUGGUAGGGG